AUGGCAUGGAUUGUGGAAGCUACAACUCAGAGUUUGUUUGUGUUUGGAGAUGGAAGUACCAGCAAAAGUCAUCGUGGUCAGGAGAGAGGGGAAUCAAAAUCAUUAACAUCUCGCUGGCACAGUGUAUUACCGGCUUUACAAGCCACACAACUUGAAUAUCUCUUUUCGACCUGUAUUCAAUUCUCGGUGUGGCGAGUAUGCACUAUAUAUAAUGUUUUCCGGAAUCUAACAGCUCAAGAUGUUCUUAAUAAACCUGAGUGCUUGCUCAGAAAUAAAAAUACAAAAUUCAAAAGUCUAACCGCUUUCCAAAGAUCUGCUAAAGACAAGCAGGCAAGCAAGCAAGCAAACAAGCAGCAAUUACCACAGCAACAGCCACAUCAAGAACUACAGCAAUAA